UCAUAAAACAUCACGGACGGUCAUACAGGUAUAAGGAGCAUAGCGGGCGUCAAGGAAAUAUGUUCCGGGGUAUCUUCUUCCUUGCUGGGUUUGUCGUUUAUUUUUCCAGAAGUCGUUCAUCUCGGAGCACGCAUGGAUGGUGUUGGGGUUCAACAUAGGGCGAACAUUAAGAUAUCCGGAUUUAGAUAUUGUGACAUCACUUCUCCUGCAGUCUUCGGACCGAUCUAGAUAUGUACUAUCAAGUGUAUGUAUGUAUGUUUCCCCUGAACCUCUCGGCAUUGGGGAACUACCGUAUGCCAAUCAGUGUAGCGAUCUCGACUGUACUGCCGUACGUGCUCUGCAUGCGCACUGUCACACGCCUUUUUGUCAGCAUCAGUAAUCGGGUCGCGUCACCUUUUUCGCUUCCAGCCAACCCCGAGUUGAGGCAUCUGCCGAGUGGAGGCGCCACGAGCCGCGUCUAUCCAAUGACUGGUGGGAUGGCCGUUGCCGCACCCACGCUAGGGGGCCAAAAACCGACGAUCAUUGGACCCAGUCAUUACUAUGCCCCACAUGCUCCUUUGGGACAAACAAACUGGUGUCUCCAAUGUUUGCCGCAAGGGAAAGUGAUGGUCACUGAUUCUGGCGAUACCCGCCCGCAUCGCGAUCCUCUGGAUCCCGACCAGAACUUACUCGAGCUUCCUGAUUAUGUGCCGGACGUGAAAAGCAUACGAGUCGUUGUCGCGGCAUGUUGGCGACGACUAUCCAGGCGGCAGGAGGAGACCUGACCGUUUCAACCGUCAAACCUUAUCUCCCGGUGGGGGA